GCUCUCGGCUGCCCGUGCGCUCUGGGCUUUGCUGCUCACCAGGCCGCCCUGUGAUUCCACGUUUAACCCCCACAGUGGAGCAGGGAGACCGGGGAGAGACAGGCAGAGGUGCCCGAGGCCAGGCGCAGGGAGAGGCUGAGGGCUGCACAGUGCUGCAGGAAGCAGAGGGGAGGAGCCGUGUAGUCACCCGGGAUCCAGCGCAACCCUCACGGGCCCCUCAGGUGCCCACCCCCUACAGCUCAGUGGGCAGCAGCCCUCGCCCUAGGUUGGGCGGUAAUGGGCCAGGAGCAGGGGGGUGGACCCAUCCCGGGAUCCAGCUCAGCCCUCACGGGCCCCUCUCAGGUGCCCACCCUCCUACAGCUCAGCGGGCAGCAGCCCUCUCCCCAGGUCGGGUAAUGGGCCGGGAGCAGGGGGGUGGACACAUCCCGGGAUCCAGCACAGCCCUCACGGGCCCCUCAGGUGCCCACCCUCCUACAGCUCAGCGGGCAGCAGCCCUUGCCCCAAGUCGGGUAAUGGGCCGGGAGCAGGGGGGUGGACACAUCCCGGGAUCCAGCGCAGCCCUCACGGGCCCCUCAGGUGCCCACCCUCUUAUAGCUCAGCGGGCAGCAGCCCUCUCCCCAGGUCGGGUAAUGGGGCGGGCGCAGGGGGAUGGGCCCAUCCCGGGGUCCAGUGCAGCCCUCACGAGCCCCUCAGGUGCCCACCCUCCUACAGCUCAGUGGGCAGCAGCCGUCACCCUAGGUUGGGCAGUAACGGGCCGGGAGCGGGGGUGUGGAUGGAUCCCGGGGUCCAGCACAGCCCUCACGGGCCCCUCAGGUGCCCACCCUCCUACACCUCAGCGGGCAGCAGCCCUCUCCCCAGGUCGGGUAAUGGGGUGGGCGCAGGGGGGUGGGCCCAUCCUGGGGUCCAGCGCAGCCCUCACGGGCCCCUCAGGUGCCCACCCUCCUACAGCUCAGCGGGCAGCAGCCCUCGCCCCAAGUCGGGUAAUGGGGCGGGCGCAGGGGGGUGGGCCCAUCCCGGGGUCCAGCACAGCCCUCACGGGCCCCUCAGGUGCCCACCCUCCUACAGCUCAGCGGGCAGCAGCCCUCGCCCCAAGUCAGGUAAUGGGGUGGAUGCAGGGGGUGGGCCCAUCCCGGGGUCCAGCGCAGCCCUCACGGGCCUCUCAGGUGCCCACCCUCUGACAGCUCAGCAGGCAGCAGCCGUCACCCUAGGUUGGGCAGUAACGGGCCAGGAGCAGGGGUGUGGACGGAUCCCAGGAUCCAGCGCAGCCCUCACGGGCCCCUCAGGUGCCCACCCUCUUACAGCUCAGCGGGCAGCAGCCCUCUCCCCAGGUCGGGUAAUGGGCCGGGAGCAGGGGGGUGGACACAUCCUGGGAUCCAGCACAGCCCUCACGGGCCCCUCUCAGGUGCCCACCCUCCUACAGCUCAGCGGGCAGCAGCCCUCUCCCCAGGUCGGGUAAUGGGCCGGGAGCAGGGGGGUGGACGGAUCCCGGGGUCCAGCUCAGCCCUCACGGGCCCCUCAGGUGCCCACCCUCCUACAGCUCAGCGGGCAGCAGCCCUCUCCCCAGGUCGGGUAAUGGGGUGGAUGCAGGGGGUGGGCCCAUCCUGGGGUCCAGCCCUUCCCUGCACCCCUGCCUCACAGCACCAGCGGCGCAGAGAUGGAGGCCAGCUUCUCACC